GCGUUUUAUUUAAUUUUCCUUCCAUUUCGUGGCCUGGCGAAGCGUGAGCAACGCCAGCAAUCCAACACUUAAGAUUCGGGGCCAACAGCAGCAAUUCCAUCCAGGGCAUCCGCAGGUCGAGAUGCCGACGAUCCGGCGGUGCUGCAUCAUCGGUUGCCUGUCCAAUUCGCGCCAGCACCCGAGCAUGCAGUUCUUCGCCUUCCCGCGCCCGGAGAAUCCCUUCCACAAGCUGUGGAAGGAGGCGUGCCACGCCUCUCUGCGUCGGAUUGUGCCCUUCAAGAAGCCGGUGGUGUGUGCGUUGCACUUUGACCCGAGUGUUUUGGGCGGCAGGCGACUGCAGUCGAAUGCCCUGCCCACGCUGCGCCUGGAAGUGCCCUCCAAUCUGGAGGCAGUGGAGCAGCAGGCGAUGGUGGAGGAGAUCGAGCGGAGCAGGAAGUGUGCUUAUAUCAAUGCGGUGGUUUAUGAGUGGCUGGUGCGGGCGAACAUCAAUCCCCAGCUGAGGGGGAGCAUCACCCACGGGAUGAUUAAGGACAAGGCGGAGAAUGCGAGGCAGGUGAUUGGAAGCACCUCGUUUAUAGCCGAUAAUCGCUGGCUGAAUCGCUUUAGGGAGACGCAUUUACAAGGCUUCGCUCAGAAGCUGGCUGGGAAUCAGUUGAAGCCACUGGGUUCCUCUUUGUGGAUACCCGACAUUGUCCAGGAUCUCGCUCAUCUAUUUCCUCCAGCCAGUGCGGAACGGGUGGCCAAGCUGGAGGAGAUGCCGGAGCAGUACAUGUCGUAUAUGCAGCAAUACGGGGAAUACGAGGAGGAUGACGACAGCAUGGAUGUCAAGGAGCAGCAGCAGCAGCAGAGCUACCAGGAGCAACAGCAACACUUUGCCCUGCAGCAGCAACAUUUGCAACAGCAGCAGCAGAUGGGUCACCCUUGGCCACCAUUUCCCGGGCAUCCAGGUCAUCCUCCGCCUCCCUUUGCCAGCUUCAAUGACUUCUACUUCGAGCGACAUCAGCAGCAAAUGCAACAGCAACUCCAGCAGCAGCAGCAACAGCAGAUGCAACAGCAAUUUCCGCCCCAAAGAGAACCCUUUCAGCCGCAACUGCCCCCCAAUGUUCCUCCCCAGCGGGCCAGUCCCUUCCAGCCCGUUCAGCUGGCCAAGAGACCCAAAAUGGAGUCACCAGACGACGAUGAAGUGCAGGAGAUCAACGCGUCGGUGACCUCGCCACCGAAUCCCAUGGCUGAGACCUCUUUGACCAGCAAGGGCAGUCGGAGUUGCAGUCCCAAGGAGCAGAAUAACAACAAUACUGGGGGCAGGGACAGUGCCAGCAGCAAGGAGAAUGCCCCAAAGGGAGGUGGACCGAGUGGCAAAUCCACUCCAGCUCUUUCUCUUAAGGGAAAGGAUUCACCAGCUCCUCCUGCAACCAAAUCCACCUCUGCUCCCGCCUCGCCCAAGAAGAUCUCGAAUGGAUCCUCCACCUCCAAUGGCCACACAUCCCCGGAACCCGAGGAUAAGAAGGCAAUGGCCAUGCUCAAGGAACUGGAUAGCUAUCACCAGGCACUGGAGUACCUAAAACCGCUGGAGGACUUUGUGCUCUUCAAGGAGAACUUCCGGGCCAUCGGUCUGCUCUCCCAGUUGGAAUUGGUGCUGCGCAAGGGGGACAAGGCCACCCUGGUCGAGGGUUAAUCUUAAACUCUCGAGGACAAACACAAAACACAAAUGUGAUGAACAGUGUACAUAUGUAUCAAGUAGUAUUAUCAAUACCACCAAACGAGGU